CCAGGAUGCCUCGCGCGAAGGAGGGGGGGGGGGCGCGGCCAACACAACCGUGAGGUUGCCGCGGCUGGCCGGCUAUAAAUGAGAUGGCGACGGACGAGCACCUCAAACUCGUUCGUAAGAAAAGUGGCUGGUGGGAGGACUUGACGAGCACUCGAGACGAGCUCCGCGCUCAAGCGCACGUUUCUUUAGCCGGCCCGCGAGGCUGCUAGCAGGCUAACAGUCAGCUCCAAGGAAAAUAACAAGAGCAAGUGCGGGCAUGGCGGCGUGCAAAAGGCAAGUGGCGGUGGGCUUCGUGGUCGCAGGGGUUCUCGCGCUGGUCUUCGGGACCAUCCUGGCCAUCGUGGGUCCGCUCAUCAUCGACCAGCAGAUCGUCAAGAACACGGUGAUCGACCCGCAGAACCAGAUGACGUACCGCAUGUGGAAGGACAUCCCGGUGCCGUUCUACAUGUCCGUCUACUUCUUCCACGUCCUCAACCCCAAGGAGGUCCUGAACGGUGAGAAGCCCAUGCUGGAGCAGCGAGGCCCUUACGUGUACAGGAAGCGCUGCCAAAAGGACAACAUCACGUUCCACGCCAACAACACGGUGACUUACCUAGAGUACCGGCGCUACUUCUUUGAGCCCGGCAUGUCGGCCGGAAACGAGUCUGACGUGGUCACCAUCCCCAACAUGCUGGUGCUGGGCGCGGCGGUGAUGAUGGAGAACCUCCCGUUUGCCUUGCGACUGCUGAUCAGCGCCACCUUCAAGUCGUUCAAGGAGGGCCCCUUCCUCACCAAGACGGUGGGCGAGCUCAUGUGGGGCUACGACAGCGGCCUGGUGGACUUCCUCAACAAGUACCUGCCUCGGACGCUGCCCUCCUCCGGCAAGUUUGGACUCUUCAGCGAGUUCAACAACUCCAACACGGGCCUGUUCACCGUCUUCACGGGUCAGGACGACAUUGGCAACGUGCACAGGGUGGACUCCUGGAACGGCCUCACUGAGCUGAGCUACUGGCGGACACCUCAGUGCAACAUGAUCAACGGCACGGCGGGUCAGAUGUGGCCGCCCUUCAUGACCCGAGACUCCACGCUGGCCUUCUACAGCCCCGACGCGUGCAGGUCCAUGGAGCUGGUGUACCAACGGGCGGGCAGCAUGAAGGGCAUCCCCUUGUACCGCUACGUGGCGCCCAAGACGCUCUUCGCCAACGGCAGCGACUACGCCCCCAACCAGGGAUUCUGCCCCUGCCGCCAGUCGGGUCUGCUCAACGUCAGCAGCUGCCGCCACAAUUCUCCCGUCUUCAUUUCGCAUCCGCACUUCUUCAACGCUGACCCUGUCCUGCUGGACUUUGUGCACGGGCUCCAGCCCACCGAGGACCAGCACGGACUCUUCAUAGACAUCCACCCGCAAACGGGCGUCCCGCUCAACGUGUCCAUCCGCCUGCAGCUCAACCUUUACGUCAAGCGAGUGUCAGGAAUUACCGAGACGGGCAAGAUCCCCGAGACCGUCAUGCCCAUGAUCUGGUUUGAGGAGAGCGGCUACAUGGACGGGCCCGUCCUGGACACCUUCCAUACCAACCUGGUGGUGCUGCCCGCCGUCAUGGAGGUCACGCAGUACGGCUUCAUCACGCUCGGACUGGUCACCGCCGCCGUCGCCGCUGUCGUCUGGCACAGGAGCCGCAAGGUGGCCUGCCAAGAUCUGGCUCACGGCAAUGGCGCCCCGCAGAAAAGCAAGCGGGGACACUCAGACGAGUGAAGCUGACGGCGGCAACGCGUUGAGAAGCGCCCGCCCAGCCCAGACGGCCGCUACGACCUGCACGCACGCGCGCGCGUGGCAUUCACUUCCCGGCACCCUGACUGACGCCCGACCUUGUUUUGUCUCCGUGGGAACGAGCAUAAAUUGGAGCGGGCGAUUGGGCGACGUUAUCCUUUUUUAUAUGGCGAGUGUUGAGACCGUGGUCACGGUGAUGAAACGCAACCGCCUCACCUGCUCCUUUGACUUUUUGAAAGUUGUUUCGGGGCCGGGGCUAUGAGAUUUCCGGUUCCUUUUGUAUGGAUUACAGCACGCGCGUUUGUGCAACAAUAAACGUCGUCGUGACGAUGCCGCAA